GAAAGGAUCAGAACUUUGCUCAAAAAGUCGACCGUGAGAGACAAAGCUAUGGCUUCCACAAUCUCACCCAUUCUCCAAAUCCUCCAACCACGAUGCCGAUUAAACAUCACCGUCCGCGCCGCCUCAGUGAAACCACCGCCGGAAUCUCUCUCUGCCGCCAGAACUCGGCGACAGACACUGUUGAUUCUUACGGCGACGGCGACGGCGGCGGUAGUGGGGAGAGAGAAUCCGUCAAUGGCAGAGGACAUUCCUCUGUUCGGGCUGAGGAAGAAGCUGAAGAAGGUGGAAGAGGAGGCGGAAGAGAUCGUGAGGGAAGGAUUCGAGGCGGCGGAGAAAGGACUUGAGACGGCGGAGCGAGGGAUCGUUACGGCGGAGAAGGGCAUUAUAACGGCGGAGAGAGGGAUCGAAACGGCGGAGAAAGAAAUCGAAUCAGCGGUGAAUUUCGGAGCUCUGUCGCAGGCCGGAGCGGUCGCUGGAGCUGAGGUCGUCGGAGUGCUUGUUGCUACUUCAAUUGUUAAUGGUAUUUUGGGUCCUGAAGCGCAGAGAUAAAAUUAAAUGGGUAUUGGAUCCUAAAUUUUAGUGUUUGUUUACUGCUUUCUUGCUGGGGUUUAUGUUUAUAAUGAUUAAUGAACGAAACGUUGUAGAAAUAUUGGAUAAAUUAUGUAGCUUUGGAAGUGAUGAACAACUUAACAUUUGCAUUGA